AAUCUUCCACUAAUCGCGAGCGCGAGUCAACCGAAAAAGAGGUGGCGGAAAACCGUUACCAUGAGCGCGGCUGUGGACACGAAGCUUUGCCCAGAAUCGGACACACAGUGUGUCUUGAUUACGCAGCUUGAGCCCUUGAAGCCGAGAGCAGACUUCGGUCGCUAACUCGCGCUUCCGUAACUCGCUCACGGUAGAUCUCUUUCUCUAUCCUCUUUUGCUUUUCAAUGGCUUGUCUUGCCCUUUCUUCCUUGGCCUUUCCUCCUAGGGAGUCCCAUGUUCCUCCUGGAUUGAAUUCUGCUUCUAGAACGAAAGUAUGUUUGUCGCAAACUGGAUUUGGGCCGAUGAAGCAGAAACAAAGAGUUAGCGUUUCUGUUUGCAGAGCUGCCUCCGUUGUGUUCCGAAAUCUCGAUGCCGAUGACUUCCGGCAUCCUCUUGACAAACAGAAUACUCUGAUUCUGAGGGCAAUUCCUGGAUUGAACGAGCUCGGGAAAGCCUUAUUAGGAACUGUUGCAGAGCAAGUGAUGGUACUUGAGAAUAUAGGAACAUCACUUCUUGUAUCUAAAAAUCAGCUUCCUGAACUUCAUCAAUUAAUGGCUGAGGCCUCAGAAAUUCUGAAUGUUGAGGCUCCGGAUCUUUAUAUUCGUCAAAGUCCUGUACCCAAUGCAUAUACACUUGCUAUCAGUGGUAAAAAGCCAUUUGUUGUUGUUCAUACAAGUCUUGUGGAACUCUUGACACGAAAGGAAUUGCAGGUGCCUGUUCUGGCUCAUGAGUUGGGUCACUUAAAAUGUGACCAUGGUGUGUGGUUGACAUUUGCAAACAUUCUUACUCUUGGGGCAUAUACUCUACCUGGGCUUGGUGGGAUGAUAGCUCAGAGUUUGGAAGAACAGCUAUUUCGUUGGCUCCGAUCUGCAGAGCUUACAUGUGAUCGUGCAGCCCUUCUUGUUGCUCAAGACCCAAAGGUGGUCAUCUCCGUUCUCAUGAAAUUAGCUGGCGGAUGCCCAUCUAUGGCUGAUCAACUAAAUGUGGAUGCAUUCUUGGAGCAAGCUCGUUCUUAUGAUAAAGCUUCUUCGACCCCAGUUGGGUGGUAUCUAAGAAAUGCCCAAACGAAGCAACUUUCACAUCCACUUCCUGUUUUACGUGCUCGGGAGAUUGACCAAUGGUCAAGGAGCCAAGAAUACAAAGCCCUUUUGGGUCGCGCAAUACUGAUGAACUCUGAUCGAAAAGCUUAGCAUUAUAGCAAAGUCAAAUUUUGAAAGCAAAUGGUGCUCCAAUGCUUCCUAUGUGUUGCAGAUCCUCAGGGCCGGCAAGGAAGAGCGGAUGCAGGAGACUACACUUUACUUACUUGGUACUUUUCUGUAAAAGUAGCGAUUUUCCUCAACUAUGGUUGGAACAGGUGUUCCACAGGAAUAUUAAUAUAGAGCAAUUUGCUUACAAUACUUGUAACGUGUUCGCAUUUAGAUAAACAUUACAGUACUGUACAGAGUAAUAAAAUAUGGUUAUGUAA